AUCAUUUCCCCGAAAAAUAAAUUGCAGAGAAAGCGAAUUCUAAAAUCAAAAUCAGAAAUCUUAAGCUACACAAAAAAAGGGAAUGCUGUGCACUCUAAUGGUGUUCUUGGAGUUCAAAAGCUCAUAAAACCAGUAAAGUGGAUUAGGCAGCCAUUUUUCGUAUCAAGCAAACAAAGAGGAAGCCCAGGUGGUUCGUCACUGAAGAACUAGUAUAGAAAUGGCGACGGUGCAGGCGGUUCUAGGGAAUUUGACGGCCGCCGAUCGCCGGAUUCUGACAGCGGUUAAUGCCUCGGCAUCGAGUCUUUCGUUCUUGGGCUCGGGAUUUAUAGUGAUGUGCUACCUACUGUUUAAGGAACUCCGCAAGUUCUCCUUCAAACUCGUCUUCUUCCUCGCCCUCUCCCUGCAGGAGAGCACUUUAAUUGCUUUCACCCCAUAG